GAGAGCGAGGAUGCGGCGGCGCUCGCGGAUGCUGCUGUGCUUCGCGCUGCUCUGGGUGCUGGGCAUCGCCUACUACAUGUACUCGGGGGGCGGCUCCGCGCUGGCCGCUGGCGCGGGCGGCGCCGGCAGGAAGGAGGACUGGAAUGACAUCAACCCCAUUAAAAAGAAAGACCUCCACCACAGCAACGGAGACGAGAAAGCACAGAGCGUGGAGACCCUCCCUCCAGGGAAAGUCCGGUGGCCCGACUUCAACCAGGACGCGUAUGUUGGAGGGACGAUGGUUCGCUCUGGGCAGGACCCCUAUGCCCGCAACAAGUUCAACCAGGUGGAGAGUGACAAGCUACGCAUGGACCGAGGCAUCCCAGACACCCGGCACGACCAAUGUCAGCGGAAGCAAUGGCGAAUAGACCUCCCAGCCACCAGCGUGGUGAUCACAUUUCACAAUGAAGCCAGGUCGGCCCUGCUGCGGACGGUGGUCAGUGUGCUUAAGAGAAGUCCACCCCACCUCAUCAAGGAAAUAAUCCUGGUGGAUGACUACAGCAAUGACCCUGAGGACGGGGCCCUCUUGGGGAAAAUUGAGAAAGUACGGGUCCUUAGAAAUGACCGACGAGAAGGCCUGAUGCGCUCGCGGGUCCGCGGGGCUGAUGCCGCCCAGGCCGAGGUCCUGACGUUCCUGGACAGCCACUGCGAGUGUAACGAGCACUGGCUGGAGCCACUGCUGGAGCGGGUCGCCGAGGACAGGACGCGGGUGGUGUCGCCCAUCAUCGACGUCAUUAACAUGGACAACUUCCAGUAUGUGGGCGCCUCUGCCGACCUCAAGGGCGGUUUUGACUGGAACUUGGUGUUCAAAUGGGAUUACAUGACACCUGAGCAGAGGCGGUCCCGGCAGGGGAACCCGGUCGCCCCCAUAAAAACCCCCAUGAUCGCUGGCGGGCUGUUUGUGAUGAACAAGUUCUAUUUUGAAGAGCUGGGGAAGUAUGACAUGAUGAUGGACGUGUGGGGAGGAGAGAACCUGGAGAUCUCCUUCCGCGUGUGGCAGUGUGGUGGCAGCCUGGAGAUCAUCCCCUGCAGCCGCGUGGGACACGUGUUCCGGAAGCAGCACCCCUACACAUUCCCAGGAGGCAGCGGCACCGUGUUUGCCCGCAACACCCGUCGGGCGGCUGAGGUCUGGAUGGACGCGUACAAAGAUUUCUACUACGCCGCCGUGCCUUCUGCCCGAAACGUGCCCUAUGGGAGCAUUCAGAGUCGGCUGGAGCUCAGAAAGAAGCUGGGCUGCAAGCCCUUCAAGUGGUACCUGGAAAACGUCUACCCAGAGCUGAGGGUUCCGGACCAUCAGGACAUCGCUUUUGGAGCCUUGCAACAGGGAACCAACUGCCUGGACACCUUGGGACACUUUGCCGAUGGGGUCGUUGGUAUUUAUGAGUGUCACAACGCUGGGGGGAAUCAGGAAUGGGCCUUGACGAAGGAGAAGUCGGUGAAGCACAUGGACCUGUGCCUUACUGUGGUGGACCGGGCGCCGGGCUCGCUCAUCAGGCUGCAGGGCUGCCGGGAGAACGACAGCAGACAGAAGUGGGAGCAGAUCGAGGGCAACUCCAAGCUGAGGCACGUGGGCAGCAACCUCUGCCUGGACAGCCGCACGGCCAAGAGCGGGGGCCUGAGCGUGGAGGUGUGCGGCCCGGCCCUGUCGCAGCAGUGGAAGUUCACGCUCAACCUGCAGCAGUAGGAGCCCGGCGCCCCACCACCCACCUGCACACCGGCCCAGUUUGGCGAUCACAUUAUUCUGUUUCUGAAACUUUCCACGAAACUAUAUACCUCAGUGUUCCAUCAUGGUCUGAAAGCCGAAGAACUGCAGCGAGGCGUGAGCCGGGCCGACGGCUGCACGGAGGAGGAGGCGGCUGCAGGGCUCCGGGCAGGGUCCCUCCCGAGGCCGGCGCCCUUUCCGCUUCCACUUCCGCUUCCCCUCACCCUGCAGCUGGGGAGCCAGGACCAGCUGCGUCAGGUGGAGGAGCAGCAAGCCAGAGCGGGCUGAGGACAGGAGAGAGCAGGGGACAUGGUGCUCUUGCAGCAAGAACUUGAAGUCUCCCUUUUUGAGCCCUCCGGAAUCAUGUGUAUAAACCAGACGUGACGGUACACGCCUGUAACCCCAGUGCUGAAACAGGAGGAUUACGAUUUUGAGGCCAGCCUGGGCUACUCACCUGUAGCCUGUCCCCCAAACAAACCAACAAAGGUUUCCCCAAAGCUGACCGUGUUACUUGCAGAUGUCUUUGUCCUCUUUCCCUGCCCUCCCCCCCCCCCCCGGGCCCAGCUGGCCUCCUGGCCACCUCCCUUCUCCACUGACGUGCUUGCUGUAUUUGAACAUGAACUUUCCUAUGUUGGGACACUAAAUAGAGAUACAUAUAAAGAGAAUGACCGUCAGUUCCCUAUGGUUUCCGUACAUUGUCACCUUGUAAACCCCACAGCGUGGCUCUCAGCCAUGCAGAGGGGCCGGCACUCCCAGAGCCAAAGGUUGCCUCCUGUCCCUGGAGCCUCGAGAGCCAGUGGGUGCCGCUGUGCCAGCUGGGGACAUCCCCAGCCCACAGCUGUCGGCGUUGGCUCCAGCAGGGGCACUGUGGCACCAUUGAAAAAUCCACUUUGUGUCCAUCAUCGUCUGUAAACCUGACUAGGUUACUGUUUUUUGGCAAGUUCUGCUUUGGGUUUUCUUUUAAGAUUAAAUUCCUUUAGAACAAAGCAAAACCAACCCCACAGCUUCUGACGUGAGCCGGCAGGACCCGCUGCCUGUGGCAAGGAACCGGACACAGCACAGCCGUCACACUAGCCCCAGGCUCGCCCUUCUGUGAGCCCCACGUGUUGGCUGUUUGGUACUAACAGCUGCCAGCAGAGCUCGGGCAGUGAGCCCCUCAGCCUGCAAGCGGCCCCCAUGUGCCCGCAGUUCCGGUUGGGGGGGACCCCACGCCCACACCUGCGGCUGUCGCAGGGGCUGCGGGUAGUCAGGACUACAACUUCAUCGCGCCCCCCGAGGACCCAGGCAUAUGUCAGCUCCCGACAGGCGAUUGUCGCCUAGUCACAGAAAGCAAUGCCUGGGCAUCCGCUGGGCGGUGCUGCCAGCAGCAAACACGCACAUUUCAGGUCCCCUGGGAAACUGUGGUGGCCCCAAGGGCUUGCAGGCACAUGCUCCUGCCCGCUCUGGGAAGGGAGUGUGGCUCGUCUUCCUUCACACCAGGACCACCCCCCACAUGUGUGCACAGUGACUGUGGGCCCUCACCGAAGGCCUGGUCAGGUGCCAAGACUCCCUUUUUAUCCCUGCCAAGCAACCAAACGCAGUGCAACAGACAGGGUGCCUGUAUGCCCGUGAACUCCACACACGUCUGUCUGCCUUCUGAGGCAGGCUCCAAACAAUGUCAGCCACAGGUACCAGGGCUGGGACGUCUGGGGCAAGGCAGGGCAGGGCCAGGUUUGCUAGAGCUCGUCCCUAGCACGAGGCGUCUGCUGUUCAAACCCUGUCACCUGUGUGCUGCUCUGACUAGAGAGGAAACCACAGAUGUGAAGCAAGUCGGCCACUUUUAACCAGAUGAGAUGUGGAAGGCUCCACCCACACACCUGUGUCCUACCCUGCAGUCUUGUUACCUACGAGGCAUCUGACUGUCCAGCCACUAGGGUGCCGUUCCGCCUAAGCUACGGGGCUCUACACAGAGGUGGGCUGCGUGGAGCCCCGAGGUGAGCCACGUUUACAUGACACAGUGUGCCAGUGUGUCUCGCUUGCAUCGUUUUGUAGUUGCGGGGCCACCCCACCUCCCACCUCCCACUCCUGUUUUUAAAACGCAGGCAAAAGUGUCGUGUUCUGUGGUGGUCCCUGCGUCUCCAUAAAGCUGAAAUGAUGGUAUGUUUUUGCAAAUUCAAAAUAUAGUUUGGUAAUUUUUUUUCCAGUUGAUUUUUAAAAUGAACUGCUGUACAGAGCUUGUACUUUGUCCAUUUUAUAGAUGGAAACCAUCCUUGAAAUUGUUUAACUUAAAUAAAGAGAAGAUACUUUAUAGAUAA